UGUGUGGCAGCUUGACCGCAUCUCAAAGACAUGUCCAACGCCUCACAACCUGCACGUCAACAAUCUCUUUGAAUACUCAGAUCCGCCAUUGUAACGUUAGCUAGCUAACGGACAGACGUUGUCUCUCCCUGACGGUCGACCCUGGCUCUUCCCGUCUUUACGCCAGCUAACGGUAAGUAGCAGCGAGCAGCUCCAGGGAUGGCGGAGGCUCCCGGGACAUCGAGUGAGACCAUAACGGAGACGGUUGAGACGAGCACCCCGCCGCCGCAGCAGGAGGGACGAAGCCUGACAAUCAAGCUGAGGAAGAGGAAGACUGAGAAGAAGGUGGAGUGGUCCAGUGACACCGUCGACAACGAGCACCUAGGGAGAAGGUCUUCAAAAUGCUGCUGCAUCUACGAGAAGCCGCGGCAGUUUGGAGAGUCGUCUUCUGAGAGCGAUGGGGAGGACGACGGGGAUGACGAUGAAGGCUGUGGCAGUGCUCACUGCAUCCUGGGCCACAGCAGGAGAGGCCAUGGACAGACGGGGGCUGGAGGGACCACAGUGCCCCCCAGCGCCGGAGGGUCACACACCCACUAGUGAGCAAUGUGUGUCUGAGAGGCAUCACACCAUGACCAGGACUGCGCUCCUCUUUUUUUCUUUCUUUUGUUUUAGUCCCGUUCCGUCACUCGAGUACAGCAGAGUGAGAAGCUGCAGCACUGCCCUGUAGCGCCCGGAGCCACGUGGAGCAUUGAAUAAAGCAUGCUCAGUAAUGGCCAGCUGACAUGCCUUCAUGGAAUGAUGAAGUUCACGUUUUAGAUUUCUUAAAGGAGACCUGCAUGUUUUAGCCUGUUGACUACAGAUGGUAACAUUAACAAUGCGUUCCUACUUCCUGGGCAGCCAUUGGUUUCCAUUUAAUUCACCCUGCUGACAAUAAACGUUUGAGUUUUGCGAUCCUUCACAGUAACUUCACGGCUGCUUUCAUUUUUGUCUGGGUUGUUACGCUGAUGGGAAUUACAUUUUCAACUGCUGAUUAUUUCUUAGUUGUGUAAUCUGCCCAAGUGACUCUCGCAGUAAUGUGACGGUCAUAAAUGAGCUGAAACAUGUGAUGUCACGACGCAUCAUUGAUCGUGUUCUCCUCUCCACACACGAACACACCACGCUGUUGAACCGCUCAACAUCCAGGUUGAUCAACGCACGACGUUCUAGUCAGGCUGCACAUGGCUGCACAUGGCUGCAGCUCUCCAGAGGUGUGUGCACUGCUGUACGAGGAGGAGCAGCAGCAACCUGCAGUUUACACGUCUCUGGUGCUGCAUGAAGCGGAGCUUAUUGUUACCACGCUGCUUGUUAUGGAUUUAUUGCUGGACUUCUUUGUAAACGUACUCAUUUGUCAGAGCUUUGCUUCCCAUAAAGUGUGGUUAUAUUCUC